AUGUUCUUCAACAAUGGGGGAUCAAUUCUUUGUCUUCCAACGAAUAUCCAACAAGCGACAGUUUUAGAAAGAGAUGAUUUAUAUUUUAUGAUGUGCAUCCUAACUGAAAUUGGUAGUCCCUUAACAGAACGAUUACGUCAUUUUCUUAUAGGUAUUUACAUAUGUAACUACCGUAUAAACUGCUAAUACAAUAACACCGGCAAUCAAACAGUUUUGCCUCGAUACAAUAAAUGAAAUAAUAUGAAAAUACUGUCAUUAAGUUUCUCUAUACUUUACCGAAACAAUUUACUACAAAGAAUUGCUUCAUGCAUUUGACACGGCAUGCCAGUUUUAUUGAGUUUGUGGUUCCGUGCGUUGCGUUUCUUUACAAGUCGUUGUUUCGAAAUUUGGAAACAUGGACGUAUUUCAGAAAACCGGGGAACACUAUCCUAAUAUAUAUGACAUUCCAUAUUAUAACACAAUCAAGAAGUAUUUAAGAUUUUUGGGCUUAGAUCCACACCAAAAAUAUGGAUUGAUCAUUGUAAUUAUAAUGGUGAUUAGUAUGACAAGCGGACUUAUUCCAAUGUCAAUCGUAUUGUACGGAUCAUUAUACACCAAGAAUCUGGACAUGGUGCUCGAGUGUUUGCCACAUUUAGGUGCACUUUUGACCAGUGUCGUUAAAAUAUUGAAUGUUCAUCUAAACAGAGAAAACUUUAGAAAAUUGUUCGAUUCUAUAACGAAAGAAUGGCAGCAGCUGAAAUUAAGUCAAGAUUUGUACAUUCUGGAAGAAGUCACCAUACGGGGCAGCAAAAUGGCGAAAUUGUAUCGAAGUAAGUUAUCGUGCCUUAAUUUUGCAAUCGGCAUAAUUCUAGUACACGUAAAAACGAAUUCAUACCACUAAAUAUUUCGCACAUAAAUGAUCAAUUCUAAUCUUUUCAGAUACUUUAUUAAUAUGUAUGGCACUUUUUUUACU